UCCCACAGGGGGGGUACUGGUCCCCCUCCCUUCUCUGCCUGGAAAAACAAAGGAGAAGGCUUUCUUGGAAAACGUCAACAAUUUCGAAGCUGUUCUGUCCUUCUGCAAUAUUUCAGGAAAAAGGGUCUGAUUUUUCAUGAAACCCACAAGCCAAAAACCCCCCAUGUCUUUCUCCCUCCGCGUGAAUAAAGACAAGAACAUCAUAUAAAAAUCUCAUCUUGAAGCGCAGACAAAGAAGAAGAAGAAAGAGGGAGAGAGAGAGAGAGAGAGAGUGGGUGUGUGUGGACAGAUGGAUCUAGUCUGUGACUGACUGAGAGGGAACGCUCCUGCGCGCGUGGUUUUACCUCCCUGUUUUUGGUGUGUCCUCCUAUUUUUAGCUGUUCAUUUUAGCCCCUUAAUUCUUCCUCGUAUUUCAACUCUGUAAAUUUUCUGUGAAAGAACAGAAAGGGAAGUUCUUCCCGUACCAGCUUCAAUUCACCAAAGAUCAUUGGAAGGUUUUCUGUUUUGACUCGUCGUCUCUCUGGGUUUCGUCAACGCAACCCGGUUUGUUCCUAUGGAGGAUGCUAAAAUGGCUGAUGAGAUGCCUUCACAAGAGCUGUCUCCACCGACCCAGAAUGGGAAUUAUUCUGAGAAGGAAUCUGAAGUACAACGAGAUACUGAUGGUAAGAUGGAAUCCGAUAGCGACUUCUCAACAGUGGAAAAUUCUGUAGUUGACGUGACUCAUGGUGCUUCAGAAGACGCAGCUGCUGAACAUAGCCAGCUUCCAAUGAACGCCCCUGCUUCAACCCCGGUGGUUGGAGUUGAUAUAGUCAAGCAUGAUCACCAUCACACUGAACAAGGAAGGCAAGAUCUAAAAGAUGUACCCGAUGGUGCUCCCAAAAGUUCACCCUCCGGAGAAAACCAACUUCAGAUAGAGAGCACUUCAACAUCACCACUUAUGGCUGAUGAUACCAAGGGUGACCGACCACCUACAGUCAGAGAAGAAGGCCAGGUAAAGGAUGUCUCUGGCGAGCAGUCAUCUCGAGAUACUGAUCCUGUUGGGGGUCUGCAAAUUCAGAUGGAUGGUACAAUGUUGCUUUCUGCUCCCUUGUCUGAAGUUAAAGUUCCAAAGUAUGAUAAUAACGCUACAAAAACCAACAAGCUUUCUCAGUCCCCUGCCACUGUUAAAACAGCUGCUGUUGGAUCGCCGAAGGUCCUUGAUCCUUCGAGAAAAGCUAGGCAGGCAGAAGAAGGCCGAGGGCAUAUCGAUACAGCAGCACCUUUUGAAUCUGUCAAGGAAGCUGUUUCCAAGUUUGGUGGAAUUGUAGAUUGGAAAGCUCAUAAAAUCCAGACUGUGGAGAGGCGCAAGCUUGUGGAAGAGGAACUCGAAAAGGCGCAAGAGGAAAUCCCCGAGUAUAGGAGGCGAUCGGAGGCAGCAGAAGAGGAAAAGAUUCAAGUACUAAAGGAGCUAGACAGUACUAAGAGACUCAUCGAAGAAUUGAAGCUUAAUCUGGAGAGGGCGCAGACAGAAGAGCAUCAAGCGAAACAGGACUCCGAACUUGCCAGGCUCAGGGUUGAAGAAAUGGAGCAAGGGAUUGCCGAUGAGGCUAGCGUCGCUACGAAGGCACAACUCGAGGUUGCUAGGGCCCGGCAUACAGCCGCAAUCUCCGAGCUCAAAUCUGUUAAAGAAGAAUUAGAUGCACUACGCAAGGAAUAUGCUUCGUUGGUGACUGACGAAGAUGAAGCAGUGAAGAAAGCUCAAGAGGCUAUAGCUGCAUCAAAGGAAGUUGAGAAGACAGUGGAGGAACUAACUAUUGAGCUUAUUUCUACAAAGGAGUCUCUGGAAUCGGCUCAAGCAGCGCAUUUAGAGGCAGAGGAACAGAGAAUUGGAGCAGCUAUGGCCAGAGAGCAGGAUUCUCUAAAUUGGGAGAAGGAAUUGAAGCAGGCAGAGGAAGAGCUCCAGAGAUUUAACCAGCAAAUCCAGUCGGCUAAGGAUCUAAGGUCAAAGCUAGACAGUGCUUCGGCAUUGCUGCUCGAUUUAAAAGCUGAAUUGGCAUCUUAUAUGGAGUCGAAAUUGCAGCAGGAAACUGAUGAAGAAUUGAGCUCGAAGGGUGAAACAGAAGAUUCGAAGGAGAAAACUCAUGCUUAUCUUCAGGAGACAGUUGCUUCAGCGAAAAAGGAACUCGAGGAAGUGAAGCUUAACAUUGAAAAAGCGACAGAAGAAGUAAAUUGCUUGAAGGUUGCUGCCACAUCAUUAAAGGCAGAGCUGGAGAAAAAGAAAUCUGAUCUUGCCACCAUUAGACAGAGAGAAGGCAUGGCGUCUAUUGCUGUUGCAUCCCUUGAAGCUGACCUGGACAAAACUCGAUCUGAAAUUGCCCUAGUUCAGAUGAAGGAGAAAGAAGCAAAAGAGAAAAUGGCCGAGCUGCCUAAACAUUUGCAGCAAGCUGCACAAGAUGCUGACCAGGCCAAGUCUCUUGCCCAAGUGGCUCGUGAAGAGUUGCGGAAAGCAAAGGAAGAAGCUGAGCAGGCGAAGGCUGCCGCUACUACAGUGCAGAGCCGGUUGCUCGCUGCUCAAAAGGAAACCGAGGCUGCCAAGGCUUCCGAAAAGCUGGCUUUAGCAGCCAUCAAGGCAUUGCAAGAGAGUGAAUCAACUCAAAGCACUGAUGACGUGGAUUCUUCCUGCAGUGUGACACUUUCUCUAGAGGAGUAUUACGACCUCAGCAAACGGGCUCAUGAGGCGGAGGAGCAGGCUACUGUGAGGGUGGCAGAAGCCGUUUCCCAAAUUGAGGCGGCUAAGGAGUCUGAGUUGAGGAGCCUAGAAAAGUUGGAAGAGGCAAACAGGGAGGUGGAUAUGAGAAAAGAGGCAUUGAGAAAUGCAAUGGAGAAGGCCGAGAAGGCCAAGGAAGGGAAAUUGGGAGUUGAGCAGCAGUUGAGGAAGUGGAGGGCCGAGCAUGAGCAGCGACGAAAGGCCAGUGAGUCUAAUCAAGGGCCAACAGCUCCCAACAGGGCCCCUGAGAGAAGCUUUGAGGAGAGGAAAGAAUCUAAUAGUCUCGUCAAAGUACCACCAGAUAUGGCUGCUGUACCUGCACGUUACUUGCCAAGCCAAAAGCCGUACGUACUUGAAAGUAAUAGCGGAAGUGGAUCAUCACUUGAUGUGAAGGUCAUCAAAAAGAAAAAGAGAUCUUUGUUUCCAAAAUUUCUGAUGUUCUUGGCCAGAAGAAAGGCACAUUCAUCCAGGUCGUCAUAGUUUUUGUCUGAACCAGGUUGUGUUCUCUCCUGCUCUUCUUGUGACUUCUAGCCUCUGCUGUUUCGGGCAUUUUUCUCUGGUGUAUGACCACAGAAGUCCUCAAACUUGUUUUGCCACAGUUUUAUACCAAUGUAUAUGUCAGAGAUUGUUUGUGUACUUACACUGAUCAUAUGAUUUUUUCUUCAUUGUGUAAUGUUUAUGGGAAGUUGGCUUUUGGAAGAGGGUAAUAAUGACUGUUGUUGUCGGGGGUGAUAACAUGGCUUCUGUAAUGUAUAUCUUUGCUUUGUGAAUACUGUUACGUGGAUGACUUGUAAGUUUGGUAAGAUGAGAAAGAAAUGGUUUUCUAUGAGAUUGUAUUGGAUAAA